AUCCGUCACCCUCCCUCUGGCUAUAGAGAUGGGUAGAUUUAACAGAGUGCCUGAACCUGACAAAAAUCCUAAGGUCAGUUUGUGCCGAUCCGUCACCCUCCCUCUGGCUAUAGAGAUGGGUAGAUUUAACAGAGUGCCUGAACCUGACAAACAUCCUAAGGUCAGUUUGUGCCGAUCCGUCACCCUCCCUCUGGCUAUAGAGAUGGGUAGAUUUAACAGAGUGCCUGAACCUGACAAACAUCCUAAGGUCAGUUUGUGCCGAUCCGUCACCCUCCCUCUGGCUAUAGAGAUGGGUAGAUUUAACAGAGUGCCUGAACCUGACAAACAUCCUAAGGUCAGUUUGUGCCGAUCCGUCACCCUCCCUCUGGCUAUAGAGAUGGGUAGAUUUAACAGAGUGCCUGAACCUGACAAACAUCCUAAGGUCAGUUUGUGCCGAUCCGUCACCCUCCCUCUGGCUAUAGAGAUGGGUAGAUUUAACAGAGAGCCUGAACCUGACAAACAUCCUAAGGUCAGUUUGUGCCGAUCCGUUACCCUCCCUCUGGCUAUAGAGAUGGGUAGAUUUAACAGAGUGCCUGAACCUGACAAACAUCCUAAGGUCAGUUUGUGCCGAUCCGUCACCCUCCCUCUGGCUAUAGAGAUGGGUAGAUUUAACAGAGUGCCUGAACCUGACAAACAUCCUAAGGUCAGUUUGUGCCGAUCCGUCACCCUCCCUCUGGCUAUAGAGAUGGGUAGAUUUAACAGAGUGCCUGAACCUGACAAACAUCCUAAGGUCAGUUUGUGCCGAUCCGUCACCCUCCCUCUGGCUAUAGAGAUGGGUAGAUUUAACAGAGUGCCUGAACCUGACAAACAUCCUAAGGUCAGUUUGUGCCGAUCCGUCACCCUCCCUCUGGCUAUAGAGAUGGGUAGAUUUAACAGAGAGCCUGAACCUGACAAACAUCCUAAGGUCAGUUUGUGCCGAUCCGUCACCCUCCCUCUGGCUAUAGAGAUGGGUAGAUUUAACAGAGUGCCUGAACCUGACAAACAUCCUAAGGUCAGUUUGUGCCGAUCCGUCACCCUCCCUCUGGCUAUAGAGAUGGGUAGAUUUAACAAAGUGCCUGAAGAGGAAAAACUUUGCCUGCUGUGA